AUGGGCCUCCUCAAAGUUCUGCUCAAAGCAAUUCUCAUUCCGAUCGUCAUCUUGGUUAUUCUCAUCGCCAUCACAGUCCUUGUGAUUCGAAGACGUCGAGGUCGCAAGCAAAAAGAAGAACAAGCCCAGCACGCCUUUCAGCCACCGCCUAUAGUGCAAUGGGUACCUCAUCACGACGUCGUCCAGCAGCCUGCCCCGACCGCAUAUCCGAGUAAAACACCGGGCCAAAUGGAGCAAGGAUUGACACAUUCGUGA